CAACACAUUAUUCAACAAUAGGUAUUUCAAGAUAUUUAAUAUCCCACAAAAAGUAUCAAGUUUAUAAAAAAUUCUCAUUAAUAAAAUGGCUUUAACCGAUUACAGUUACAACUAUUAUUACUAAAUAAAUAUAUUCAAAUUUCAACCAUAUUAACUUAGAGCUUCUUGAUAUUUACUACAUGUAUUGUGUUUGCACUACUGUUUACUGCUGAGUGCUGAUAAACAAUUUGUUACUUGACGUUGACUUUUGAAUUUGACUUUUGUCCUCUGGUUAAACUAAUGUUAUGUUGUAUGCAUGUUAGAGGCAAAGGAAAGUUAUCUUUCGAAGCCAAUUGCCAAAUUACAAUCAUAUUUUCGGAUUUCAAAGUUCACACCAAAAUUAAUUAAAUACAGAAGAAGAGUAAAGUGUAGUCUAGUAGUGUAAGUCGUGUGUUAAUUUUUUUACAGAAAGCAUAAAAAUGAGCUCUGAUGAAGAAACUUUUGUUAUUAUUGUUGGAGAUGACGAUUAUGAAAUUCCCGAUUCAGUAAAAGAUGUUGUAGAAAAUAGUGAAAUUACUCACUUGACUUCAAUGGCAGAAAAUGAAACAGAAGAUGUUGAAAUAAAAGAAGAACCAGAGGAUUAUUUUUUUAAGGAGGAACCAGUUGAUGACUUGGAUGAAGAAUAUAUCCCUAAAAGUGAGACUUCCAGUGAUGAAGAUGAAAGUGAUGAUGAUAUUAAUGAUGUGAAUAGAAGUCGACGGAAAAAGGUGAAAGUCAUAACAUCAUAUGUUCAGGAACUAAGAGAAGCAUACCCCGAGUUAAGAAAUGAUAGAAAAAUGUUGAUUGAUAUUUUAUCACAGAUAAUGAAAGCAAUAAAGCCACCACCUCUGCCUCAAGAUUACUUCAUAAUGAAUGGAAUUAUGUUAGAAUGUGUUGAAUGUGGUAAAUUAUCCAAUGGUAUACCAGCAGCUGGUCGCCAUUAUCAGGAAUAUCACGGAGAAAGAUACCUCAUUUGUUUUGCUUGUGGAGUUGAUUUUAGGAGUGCUACUAACCUAUACAAACAUGAGAAGCGAUGUCCCGCUCCGGACAUUGGCAUAGUACUGAAAGCAAGAGCACGGCACAUAGGCAACAAGGGGCGGGCCAGACCUUUUUUAUCAUAUGAGAAACCUAAGGAACGCACUGAUGACUGGAUGUGCAGCCGCUGCCCCGCGCGCUACGGGUCGGCGGGCGGGCUGGCGGCGCACGAGCGCGUGCACGCGGGGCAGCGCCCGCACCGCUGCGCGCGCUGCCCGCACGCCUACACCUCGCGCUCCGCCCUGCUGCGUCACGCCCGAAAGCACUCGGGCGAGCGUUUCGUGUGCGACAACUGCGGCCGCGACUUUAGCUCCAAGACCGCGAUCGUCGCACACAUGGACACGCAUCUACCGCUGAAGAAGUACGCGUGUACGGAGUGCGACAAGCGAUACGCGCAGAAGUCGGCGCUGCUGCUGCACGUGCGCCGCGAGCACCGCCACCUGCCGCCGCCCUGCGCCUGCCAGCUCUGUCCGCGCAGAUAUCCCCGAAUGUCAUUACUCAAGCAGCAUAUGAAGAAAGCGCAUGGCAUGUUACUUAUGACUAGAAAGAUGUACUACAAAAUGUUGCCAACCCUCACGCAGUCGCAGCUGGAACAGGCCAAGGUGGUCCUACAGUCACAGGUGGAGACUGGGACGCUCCUAGAUGACCUGUGUCUAGAUGCAGAUGGCGUCAAACAGGAACCGCAGUACUGUCUUAUGCAGGGCUAGUUAAUUUUUACUAUUUUUUGUAAUUUUUAAUGUAAUUUUGAGGUCCGGGAACCAAUAGUAAAGAAUAAAAAUUAAUUAGACUUAUUAAAAGAUGAGGUAUAGCAUUGUAAAAUCUUUUAAAAUAUACAUGAUAAGAUAUAAUCAGUCGUCGAUUUGAGCUGACACGUAACGGACGCUUCAUCCCUUUUGUGGUAUUUUUUGUGCCUAUCCACAUUAAAUACUCGAUUUUCGACCUCCUGGUCAAUUACCAUAGAAUCUCCUUAGUUUCAAUGGUAAUGAUAAGUGUAAAUUUUCAAGUAAUAUAAAAAAAAUUGGAGGCCUCAUAGAAGGCCUGUGUCCCAGCAGUGGGAAUAGAUAUGGGUUGAUGACAAAUAAAAAAAAUUUACAGUGUCAUUAGGUGAAUUAAGUGUAAAUAUUUCAAUGAACACAAGAAAAAAUACAACAACGUCGGGUUCUCUAUUUUCAUGGACGUUUCUGAUUUUUUAAAAUAUAAUUUUGAUUACAUUACCAUUCAUAAAGAAUACUCGCACACGUGAACUCUUCUGUGUCCAAGAUUGUUAUAAUUUGAUUUUAAUGCAGUUCAGUGUGCAUCACUGUGCGUAUGUUACAUAUUAGUAAUUUUAAGAACUAUUGUUGACCUACUGUCUCUGAUUCUAACUUAAACUUGAUUGUUAUAUAUAUGCAUAUAAAUUAUUAUUUUAUAAUUUAAUAAUAUUUUUCUUUUGCUUACUUUGUUUGUAUGAACGUGAAAUGAAAGAUCUAUUUCACUUUAAUUAUUUUAAAUUAUUAUACAGUUAUUGUACUAUGAACGUAUAUUCGUCUCAAUUAUAUGAAAAUGUCACUGUAUCUAGAUUCUAGAUAAAUGUUAAACUUAAGUGAAGGAAAUGAUAUGAAAUAAAAAUACAAUAUAAUACGAAAAAGUGUUUUAUUACGCACUUAUUAUUUCAACCAAAUGUUGACGAGAUACUCAUCUAUAGCAUAAUGCAUACACAAUCAUUAGGAGACACCACGAAUUUUAUAAUGCUUCAUUACAUACUAAGAAAAUACAAAAAUAAGCGGUUCCUUCGUAAGUCUACUGGGACCUUCUGCUUUGAGACGUUUACUGUAAUGCGCCGCCGCGUUCGCUGUCCGGUAGUUAACACUCCAAGACCGGCAUGCUUUGGUUAUUGCUUCUAAUUAUGCAGUAAAAUACAUUGAAACCAAGAAGGCUAGUGUAAUUUGGAUUAUUGGAAACUCGGAAUUUAUUUCUUCAUGUAUCUAUUGAUAUACAUAAAUGGAAUAUAUAUUCAAUUGGUUGGGUUUCAACGAACUUUACUAUAAGUUAGGGUUAGCUCUUAUUACAAUAGCAGAACAGUUUUCGAGUGGGUGCUGGUUACAUCUAGACGCUUAUUCACUUAUCUCAACAAAUAUCUCAUUCGAUCAACAUCCACAAAACUAACAUUAAAUUCUUUAUCCUCUCCAAUACUGAUCGUAUUAUCUUAACAAUGGUCCAAAAAUAUCUAAUAGCAUCCCUAAACGAUCAAGUAGAAAAAUACUUUGAAUAUGCCUCACAGAAAUCUAAUCUUUUUUUUUUAAUUUUCUCACUUUAAACGUCACAUUUUGAUAUUCUCGUGUGUCAUACGGUAAAGAUCAAGGGAAUAUUAGGUCUAAGAGUGUUAAUUAUAAACUACUGUGACAAUCUCAAUAAUUCGAUUAUUGUUGCAUAAUGUUCAUAACGAGAAACGAAACCUAUUUUGUCAAAAUUUAAAUACGAAAACAGCGAAGUGUUCUGUACGUAAAAGCGACGUAUUUAAAACAAAAAGAUUUUUAAAAGCAAAUGAUGGUCGAAAGCUCAAAUCUCCACUGAACAUUGUGCAUCAGUACUCUUAACACUUUAACUCUAUGAUAACAGUUAAUACGAUUACAUUAGACACAUGAACGAUGCGUUUACCGAUAACCUUACCUAUGAAAAAAGACGUAUCUGCUUUCAAUAUCACAAAUUACAAUAUACCAUUUAAUUUUAGCAUCUACAAGCUUGGAUUAAAAAUAUAAAUAAAUAGAUAGAUGUACAAUAAUAUAUCAUGUGAUUGUAUGUCGUCUCAAGCCGUCGCUUUUAGGGAUGUCGAAAAAAGCACGGUUGAUUAACGGAUUUUUUAAAAGCAAUAAUCACAGUUCGUUUCGAAUUUUUUCUGACGUUUUGUUGUUUUGACAGAGCCGUGUCUAUGGUGAAUACAGAGAUCUUGGUACUUGACUAUGUUUUAUUGUAAUUAGGCCCUCGUGAACAAAAUGUUUACAAUUUUGAUUACAAACAUAGAGCAUCUGGAUACGAAAAUAUAAACUAUUACUUAUAUUUGAUUAAUCUGUCGAUAAAUGUUUUUCGAAUCCGACUUUUAGAUUAGGUACUAUUGAAUUUGUACAUUUUUACACAUUAUAUUAAACUGAACGUUAAAAGUUAAUUUUACAUAUCACAAAUACGCCUUACAUGAGUGAUCUAUACGACGUGGUGUAACACUAAACAAAUCUGAGACACUAAUUAAUAAUUUAAUUACUGUUAAAAUAAACGUUAAUGUCAAACGAGCGUCACUUACGUCCAUUUAAUUUUUAUUUAUUAUUAUAUUAGUUAUGUAUAUUAAAACGUAUUCUAGUGGCAGUUAUUAACGCUCUGAUAGUACGGCGACGGGUAUACUCCUACCCAUUUCAUAGGGUUAAAUCGAUAUAUCUUUAAAAAACAUUUAAUUUGGUUACAUAAAUUAAUAUAGAAGACAUUUUGCUUGUAAUUAUUUGGUAGUAAUAAAUAUUCGAGCAAGUAUUGAAUAUGUUACGAAAAGAUAAUGAAAACGAAUUGUUGUAGAACGUUGCUGGACAAUUUUUAGAUAUAUCGAUAUAACUUCAUUUCAUGAGAUCACUUUAAACCCCCGCUAUGCAUUUUAUUUGUACUUUGUGAUACAGUAUUCAAGCAACUGUUGAUGAUUGUGGUUAUUCAUAUGAUAAUUGGUAAUUUGUUGAUAUUAAAUUAUCUGUAAGCAUAGCUGGAUUAAAGUGUAUCAUUCCACAAUUAUUGGACGCCAUAUUUUGUAUUCGCGUGUCACAGUUUGGUAAACUGACUUGCAAUAGCGUCGUGCGAACUCGUAAAGUUAAUCAGCAAUACAUGGAAAUAAUUUUCUUUAUUAUAUUUUCAUGUAAUGUCGUGUCGAUUA